CAUAGAUUCCUCUGUGCUUUCUGCUUUGCUCCCUGCUUAUAUAUCUCCAUCUUCCUCAUGAACCCCCCAACAUGCACUCUAUUUUCCCCCUCUUCUUGGAUUUCAUUUUCACUCUCAUCACCGUUUAAUUUCCCUCCAUUUUUUCCCUUUUUCUCUUCUUCAUUCUCCACAAUCUCAAAUUAAUUCAAUAAUACAAAGCCAAAACCCAUACACAAAACAAAAAUAAUGCUCUCUUCAACGUUUAUGACCGCAUCUCACACCUUAUUCACUCAACCAUCAAAUGAUAAUCCCUCUCUUUCCUCAAAACAUAACACCAGAAAAACACAUCAACAACUCAAACCACCAAUCAUAUCUUCCUCCUCAAUAAAAAUUCAAAGUCAAACCCACCCCAUCCUAACGGCGCCGUCACUACCGGUAACCUCAUCAUCCUCGCCGUCUUCCAUCACCGUCAAACUUAACCGUCUGGCCUCGGAAUUCAACACGCUAACAGAACCCAUAGAACGCGUGAAGAGACUUCUACAUUACGCAUCACUGCUUCCACCAUUCGAAAAUUCGGAUCGGGUUCCAGAGAACCGGAUUUCGGGCUGCACAACGCAGGUGUGGAUUGUUUCUGCCAUGGACAACGAUGGCAAGAUGUGGUUUCGUGCUGACAGUGACUCUGAGAUUUCGAAGGGAUUCUGUUGGUGUCUCGUGUCGGCCUUCAAUGGGACGUAUCCCGUGGAAGUGUUGCAUGUUACCGAGAAAGAUUUGUGCCACAUGGAUCUCUUGGGAUCGGGUCUCAAAGCCCAGUCGAGGAUAAACACGUGGCAUAAUCUCUUUCUCGGAAUGCAGAAGGCCACUAAAGAUUUGUUAUUUAGGACAGAAUUGGAUAAAGGUGGUUGUAUGUAUCCUAUCCGUGGAAUCCAAUUUGAGAGGGUAGGAUUGAGUGCGGAAUAAGUUCUUGUGUAGAUUGAAU